AUGACAAGUAUAAAUGAUUCAAAAUUUUCACUUCAAAAUUUUUUAAAAUGUGGUAUGGGUGGUGCAUUAGGAUGUUGUUUUACACAUGUAGUAGUGGUACCAAUGGAUGUUGUUAAAACUAGAAUUCAAAUUGAUCCAAUUAAAUAUAAUCAAGGUAUGAUAAAGAGUAUGCAAAGUAUAGUUAGACAAGAGGGAGGUGGUAUGUUAUUACAGGGAUUGGGUGCUACAACCUAUGGAUAUGCAAUUCAAGGUUUCUUUAAAUUUGGAUUGUAUGAUGUUUUAAAGAAGAAAUUCUCAUCACAAUUCUCUGACGAGGUUGCCAAAACAUACAGAAUCCCAAUUUGGGUCACAGCAUCAGCGAUCGCCGAAACCAUUGGUGAUAUCGCUUUAUGUCCAUUCGAAGCUGUUCGUAUUCGUCAAGUGUCAAACCCAACAUUUGCAAGUGGUUUCUUUAGUGGAUUCAAUAGAAUUUUAAAAGAGGAGGGAUUCAGUGGGUUCUAUAAAGGUUUGACCCCUAUCAUUCUCAAGCAAGUACCUUAUACAGCAUCACAAUUUGUGACCUAUGAAUUGGCAAAUGAUUACCUUUACAAAUAUUUAGCAUCAAGUAGAAAUAUCAAAAGAGAGGAUCUAUCGGAUAAACAAAGAUUAGGUGUCAUUUUAACUACUGGUGCAAUCUCUGGUUUAGUGGCUUCAUUGGUUUCUCAUCCAGCUGAUACCAUCCUCUCAAAAAUUAAUCAAGAAAAGACUGAUGGUGGUGCAACAAAAGCAAUCGCAAAUAUCAUUAAACGUCUUGGUGUACGUGGUUUAUUCUUAGGUGUUGAAGCAAGAUGUGUAAUGGUUACUACAUUAGUAACAGUUCAAUUCUUAAUUUAUGAUGGUUUAAAAUUAUUAUUUAAAUAA